AUGAUUACACCUGCUGAACUUAAUCCAAAUGCAAAACUGAAUGAGGCAGCGCCUUCUCCAGUUGGUUUCAAAAAUGUUCCUUCAAUAGACUCUCCAAUUACACUUAAAGUAGAAGGCAAAAUACCGUCUUGGGUGAAUGGUACCAUGUACAGAUCAGGCACAGGAAAAUACAAUAUUCUAUUAGACGAUGGUAAUACUUUCCAUAUAGGACAUCCCUUUGAUGGACUUGCUAUGCUUCAUCGUUUCGAAAUUAUAAAUGGUACUGUAAAAUAUAAUUCACGACAUACUUCACAUGGUGUUGAACGACGUAUUGGUCAAAGAGAUCCAACUCUUUUAACGUUUGGACCUGAUCCCUGUAAAACCAUCUUUGGUAGAAUGCAGACGGUCUAUCAUCAUAUCUCCAAGUUUGGUUCAAAUGCUGCUUUACAAGAAAAUGAUUCUGAAUUUGAUAUGGUCAACGUGACCAUCACUCCCAAUUUCCCUCUUGGUGAAACUCUAGAAAAGGAAACAGGUAUUAAACGUGGUGAAGCCCUGGUGGUCAAGCGUGAUGCGAAUACAUUACAAGUAGUCGAUCCAGAGACAUUAAAACCACUCAAAAUGUUUACUUAUGGUCAUAUCAGUAAAAAGUUACAGGGCCAACUUUGUGCAUCUCAUCACCAAUAUGAUGAAGACACGGACGAAUAUGUAAAUUUUAUGGUACGCUUAGGACCUUUCCCCACUUUUCAAACUUUUACCUUGGGUCCAUACUUGCCUACACCUCCUGGAGAGAAAGAGCAAGUAGAGGCCCCUCAACCACGACUUCAUCAACCCAUCUGGCGUCAUCUUGGUGCCUGGAAAACCUUAGAGGCCUUAAAGCCCUCUUAUAUUCAUUCCUUUAGUAUGACGAAAAAUUAUAUCAUUAUUCCCAACUUCCCAUAUUACUAUUCAUUUGGUGGUCUAUCAGCGAUCUAUUAUUCAUCUGCCUAUCAAACCUUUUAUUGGGAUGAAACACGACAUACCUUAUUUCAUGUUAUUGAUCGACAUACGGGUCAUCAUGUAGCUACCUAUGAGGCAGAUCCUUGCUUUUCCUUUCAUACCGCUAACGCUUGGGAUGAGGACAUUGAGUUACCGGGGGGUCAAAGGGAACGUGUGAUCUACAUGGACUAUUGUAUGUACGAAAAUACAGAUAUUGUGGAUGCUAGUUUUGAGCUUGGGAAGACGCCAACAGGUGGCAUUGACCUAGAUCAAGUACAACCCGCUCGUUAUCGAUUUGAUAAGUUGACAGACCAUAAAGAAGAACAUCAGAUCUCACCUGCUCAGUUUCGUCGGUAUCGUUUAGGCCAAGUUCCCGUCACGAGACAACCCCAUGAGGAUCCUGAAGCCUUCUGGAAGCCAUCAUGGAGGGAUACCUUUCGGUUUUCAAAGUGGACAAGAUACAAUAAGAGACGAGUGGCGUCUUAUGAGGUGAUUGGCUAUGAUCUUGAAAUGCCUCGAUUCAAUCCACGUUAUAACAUGAAGCCCUAUCGAUAUUGCUAUGGUGUCUGUGAAUCUAGGUUUGCACCCUCUUAUGCAUCAGGAGCUGUCGUAAAUGGGUUAAUCAAAUUAGAUCUUGAUCACAUUUAUUUAGGUGCUAAUACAGAUCCUGAAAGUACAGCCAAGAUCUGGGAUGAGCCUGGUUGCUCCUGUGCAGAACCUAUCUUUAUUCCACAUCCAGAAGCCAUAGAAGAAGAUGAGGGAGUCAUCAUGUCUAUCGUCAAUACCACCCUUCAAGAUGGUUCUGAAUCCUGCUUUUUAUUAAUCCUAGACGCUGCUAGUUUUACUGAACUCGCAAGAGCAACCAUCGGUGCCUUUAAUGCUAUCACUUUACAUUCUAGUUUUGUUGACCCAUGCGGGCGAGGUAUUGCAGUUAAUUAA